AUGGCAAGCACACAUAAAUUAGUUCUUGGAAAGUGGAAAAUUAUAUACAAUCUUUCCUCCGUCGUAGGGCUUCUCCUCAUAGCCUAUGUCAUUGGUGCUCUUUAUCUAAGAGGGGAUAGUCAACGUGUCUUAGAAAACCAGAUGAGGCCUCAUGAUUCUAUUCUGCGCUGUAAUUUGUUUUCUGGCAAAUGGGUUUAUGAUAACAUAUCUUACCCUUUAUACAAGGGAAAUCAAUGUUCUUUAAUGGAAGAAGACUUUGCAUGUGACAAGUAUGGAAGAAAGGACUUGAAUUAUCAGAAAUGGCGAUGGCAGCCUUGUGAUUGUGACCUUCCAAGGUUCAAUGCUACUGCAUUGUUGGAGAAAUUAAGGGGGAAGAAGCUUAUUUUUGUAGGAGAUUCUUUGAAUCGAAACCAAUUCAUGUCCAUGGUCUGCCUAAUUGAGACAUCAAUCCCUCCGUCAUCUUUUAAAUCACUGACCUUGAAAGAAAACUCAAUCAUCUUUAAGGCCACCGACUACAACGCCACAAUAGAAUUCUACUGGUCUCCUUUGCUGGUCGAAUCUAACUGCGAUGACCUAGCCACGCAUGGGGUACGAGAUCGUAUAGUUAGAGUUCACGCAAUUGAAAAGCAUGCCAGGCAAUGGACAAAUGCAGACAUACUCGUAUUUGAUUCCUACAUGUGGUGGUUGCUGCCCAAAAUGAAACUUCUAUGGGGAUCAUUUGGAAACUCAGAUGCCAUCUACAAAGAAGUUGGGAUGAGGCAUCGUCGUUAUGAAAUGGCUUUGAACACAUGGUCGGACUGGUUGGAAUUCCACAUUAACAGAACUAGAACAAAGUUGUUCUUCAUGAGCCUUUCACCAUAUCAUAGUGUGAGUGAAGAUUGGGGCGUGGAUAAAGGUGGAAAUUGUUACGGUGAAACUGAGCCAAUUUUGAAAGAGGGGUAUCGCGGAAGUGGCACGGACCGUGGAAUGAUGCAAAUAGUAGAAUCAGCAAUACAAAAACUCAAAACAAGUGGCAUAAAGGUAGAGUACCUCGAUAUAACACAGUUGUCGGAUUACAGGAAAGACGCUCACACUUCUAUCUAUAGGUUGUUCUGGGUGCCUCCAACUGAAGAACAAUUAGCAAACCCCAAGAACUAUUCAGAUUGUGUGCAUUGGUGUCUUCCGGGAGUGCCUGAUGUUUGGAAUAUGAUCCUCUAUUCCUAUAUUAUUUAUUCAUGA